AUGGAUGCAAAUGUUUGUUGGUGGAAGAACACACAGGCCAUUAUCCUGGUUGCUUUCUCCACCCAGGUCGUUGCUGAACGACUGGAGGCCCUGCAGAGGAAAGUGCAGUCCCUCAUCAAUGCAGAACUAGGUAAAUGUUCUGCCGAUAUCACUGGAGACGAUGAGGCGGCCCUGGCCAAUUUGAUGAGCGUGAACGAUGAGCUUCAACUUUGCGUCAAAAGCUACCGGCGGAUGGCACCGAAAGCUGAGGUUAAUGACGCUAGGGCUAUCCUCCUGGCCAACAACUCCCAAAAUAACAGCGGUGGCGGCGACUGUGGCGGAACCAUCUGCAGCACCGAAGUUCUUUCCUGCAAUAGCGAUACCCAUGCAGGCGAUGCAUCUUGCUGA